GCCAGCCAGCCACCAACCAAAUAAUAUAUAUAUAUAGUUAUAUGUAUGUGGAUAGCAACCCCAAAGGGCAUUAGAAUGGAGUUCGGUCAUGUUUGAGCGUUUUCGUUUAAGCAAUCUAAGCAGAAACUAUCGACUACGUGGUGCCUCCACAGACCUGGCGCGCGACAAGAAAAACCAACAACGGCAGCAGCAAUGCGUCACCGUCCUAUUCCUAGAUGACAUCACGCACACCUUUCGGCUCGAGAAACGUGCGAAAGGCUCUGAGCUUUUAGAUCAGGUCUUUCAAUAUCUCGAAUUGUCCGAAAGGGAUUAUUUUGGUUUAUUAUUUCCACAGAAGCCCGGUGAUGUUGUGAGAUGGGUCGAUGCCCAGAAGCAAUUCAAGAAGCAAUGCAGCAGCGUCUCGCUUGACAACGAUGCCGUUCCAUUAUUAGAGUUUAGGGUUAAGUUUUAUGUAAGCGAUCCCAGCCGUUUGCAAGAGGAAUUCACACGAUAUCAAUUCUAUUUGCAAAUCAAGCGCAACAUUCUGCUGGGCAAAUUGCCCUGCUCCAGUAAUACCCAGUGCCUGCUUGCCAGCUAUACCGUGCAGUCUGAAUUGGGCGAUUUCAAUGCCGUGGAACAUCAGGCGGGCUAUUUAAGCCAACUUCAAUUGCUUUCGGAGCAGAGUGCUGAGGCUGAACGAAAGGUUAGCGAAUUGCAUAAACUGCAUCGUGGCCAAUUGCCAGCAGAUGCGGAAUACAAUUAUCUGGAGCAUGCCAAACGGUUGGAACUCUAUGGAAUUGAUUUGCACAAGGCGACCGAUUCGAAUGGCAAGGAAUUGCAAUUGGGUGUCUCGGCUGUCGGCCUGUUGGUCUUCCAGCACUCGUUGCGCAUCAAUACGUUCUCGUGGAGUAAAAUGGUGAAGGUGUCGUUUAAGCGAAAGGAUUUCUUCAUACAAUUGAGACGUGAGCCAAGCGAGAACUAUGACACUCUAUUGGGUUUCGGUAUGAUUAGCCACAAGCAUGCCAAGGCCCUAUGGAAAUCCUGUGUGGAGCAUCACAGCUUCUUUCGUCUGAAGCGGCCGCAUCGUCUAUCGCGCUUCCUCAAUAUAAGUCUGGGCAGUAAAUUCUAUUAUUCGGGCCGAACGGAGCUCCAGGCGGUGCAAGAGUCAAAGCAACGUGGUCGCAUCCAUAAGGUAUUUGUACGUUCGCCAAGCAAACGACUGCUGGCCGGUGGUGGUGGGGCUGGCAGUAGUUCAGCUGGUGGCACUCCACUGCUUAAUAGUGGAGGCAGUGGCUCAGAGAGCGUUGCCUCUCACAAUGGUAAAGGGCCAUCGACCAUAUUGACCAUUACAAAGACAAGCCGUCCGCAUGACAACAAGGUAACGUCCAAGGAAGUGGAAUCCAUGCCACGCAAGGCCUGGGAGCAGCAGAGCGAUGAAUAUGACAUACAAUUGGAUGUCGGCUUUAUUGAACAGUGCACAAGGCGCUUUGAAUCGGCAUCACCAUCACCCAUGCCGCCGGCGUAUAGUUCAGGUCAGCAUAGUCCCAUUUUGCUGCCCACGACCAUAGCCGAUGCUGUAGGUCAAUCUCAGCAGCCGGAUAGUGGCAGUGAUUUGAUAACAAUACGUCUACAAGCCGAUGAACAAGGUCGCUAUGGAUUCAAUGUAAAAGGUGGCGUCGAUUUGGGGCUACCGGUUCAGGUGUCGAAAGUGGUGCCCAAUACGCCAGCAGAUCGUUGCACGCCACGCGUCUGUGAGGGGGACGAGGUGCUGAUGAUCAAUGGACGGGAUGUUCAUGGCUUAAGGCAUGAACAAGUGGUGUCCAUGAUACGGGAAUGCCGUCAUCAGGCCAGUGGUGAGCUUCUGCUUACAGUGCGGCCACAGAGAUCGGCUCCAUUGCUGCUUGAAGAGGAGCCCCUGUAUCAGUAUGUGCCAGAGAGUGAUGAGAUUGGUUCACAUUCGAAUCUACUCGAUGGCGAUGCUCUCUUUACCCAAAGUCUGUUGCUUUUAAGCGAUGGUCUGGCCUCUGGUGCUUUGCUGGCCCAAUAUGAGCUAAUGUAUCGCAAGAAUCCAGAUCUGGCCAUUACCGAGGCACGCAAACCAGCAAAUGCAGCCAAGAAUCGUUAUCGUGACAUAUCGCCUUAUGACUGCACCAGAGUGUCGCUGGUCAAUUCUCUAACUGGAGACUAUAUCAAUGCCAAUUAUGUGAAUAUGGAGAUUCCAGGUGGUGUGGUUAAUCGUUAUAUUGCCACCCAAGGACCAUUGGCCAGUACGACAACGGAUUUUUGGCGCAUGGUCCAGCAGGAGAGUAGCCAUCUGCUUGUCAUGCUCACCACAGUGAUGGAGGCCGGUCGCCAGAAGUGUCAUCAAUAUUGGCCAGUAACCGGUGAAGAGCUCCAGCUAGCCGAUGGCUUCUCUGUGCGCUGUUUAAGCGAAAAGCCCGAUGAGACCGGUAGCUUUGUUUUUCGUGAAUUCGUUCUCAAGGAUAAGCACGAACAGAGACAUAUACAUCACAUGCAAUAUCUAGCCUGGCCGGAUCAUUGUGUGCCCUCCGAUCCGAAUCUGUUUUUGGAGUUCACCGAACGUGUGCGUACCGCCAGAAAUCGCACCCUACUGCAGGAGAUUGAGGAGAGUCUGAAGCAAGUGCGUCUACUGGAUGCCGAUGCCGAUGAGAAUGGUGGACUGAUGAGUGAACGCAAGUGUGCCGCCAGCAAUGGUGCCACGCCCGAGGAUGAGACACCCGUGUCGACCAGCGUGCAUCAAUGCAUCAGUGCCGCCAAUCCACCUGUGAUUGUGCAUUGCUCAGCGGGCAUAGGACGAACUGGUGUGCUAAUUCUAAUGGACACUGCCUUGGCCCUUAUGGAGGCUCGAGAGCCAGUCUAUCCUUUGGAUAUAGUACGCGCCAUGCGUGAUCAGCGUGCUUGCAUGGUUCAAAAUGUGAGUCAAUAUCGUUUCGUUUGUGAGUGCAUCUGUGCCGCCUAUAUGAAGAUCUCUCGCAGCAGUGCCGCUAUCAACGAUGAGGAUGAUUAGAUCAUUAUCUUUAUAAAUAUAUAUAUAUAUAUAUAUAUAUAUUUAUCUCUAUGUAUGACCCAAGCAAUCCAAGCACUUUUUUCCCUCUCUAUCGACAAUCCCCAAAUCAACAAUCUUCCGCUGUCUACCUAAUCAAAUAUCCCUCCCGUUUUACAUGGACGAUGUGAUGUAAUUUUUUCAAAAAUAUUCAGAUAUGUAUGUAUUUUGAAAAAUACAAACAAAAUCCAAAUCUAUCGUAUUGUUAGUACCCGUAGACAUAUGAUUAUAAACUGGCAGCUGAUUAUUAUCUAUUAUCAUUAUUAUGAUUAUACUAUCUAUAUACAUACAUAUAUAUAUUUAUAUUGUAUGUAUAUAAUCAUUCACUCCAUUUACUAAAAAGGAAAAAGAAACAAACAAACAAAAAAUCAAAGGAAUGUAUCUCUUUAUCACACGCCGCAAGUGCUGCAAAAUAAAAUGAAAAAUUAUUCUAAAUUUUACAAUAAUAAUAAUAAUAAUAAUAAAAAAACAAAUACAAAAACCAAAACAAUUAUUCAAAAACGAAGAAAAAUGAACAAACUACCUAAUUAAUUGUAUACAAAGCGAAAUGAAUUAUUUAUUUACACACCACCAACACAUACACAUACGUAAGACCCUUCCACAUACACAUGCAUACACACAUAUACAUACAUAUAUAUUUACGUAUUUAUGUAUUUAAAAAAGAAAAAGAAAAAAAAACAACAACAACAACAAAGUGGUUAACGUGAACAAUACAGAGAAAAGAUAUAUAGAGAGAUAUAAUAUGAGAAAAGAAAACUGUUAGUAUUUUAUCACCAAAUCAAUUCGUAAAUGUAUUUAUGCUGAAAAUAAAAAUCAAAUAUGAAACUAAAAACAAA